AUGUCAAUUAAAUCAAUCACAGCCUUAAUUUUUGUUGUUUUAUGUAUUGCAAUUUCAAGUGCCGAUAUUUGGAGCUAUUGUCCAGGAAAUAUUGAUGCAACUUUUACAAUUGAUACACUCACAGUUUCACCAGAUCCACCAUUAAUUGGUAAAGCAGCUUUCGUCAAAUUAGCAGGUUCUUUAAGUGAUGAAGUUACUGAAGGUGAAUCAGUCUUUAGUCUCCAAUAUUACAUUGAUGGUGCUUGGAGAAAUCUUCCAACUUUCAAAAACGAUGUUUGCAAAUUACUCUCUUGUCCAGUUCAACCAGGUCCACUCGUUUUUAACACUACUAUUAAUGUCCCAUUCAUUACUCCACCAGGUCAAUAUCAAGGUACUCUUCAAUUAACUGACCAAAAUAACAAAAACAUCUCAUGUUUAACUUUUGCAACCACCUUAGCUUAUUCAAUCUAA